ACGUGCAAACGACGGGGCCUAUAUACUAAGUGUAACGCACUGUAUCUAUUAUAAAUCACAUGUUUUGUAUGUGUAUCUUAUUGUCAGGGGAAUAAAGUCAUAAAUCACUGAAGCCAAUGGCGACUGACGGCAAGCAGAUUAGCAUGGCGGCUAGUGCCAUAGCGCUUCGUGGGGUUCGCCUAUUCUUGACAGCAGGUCGGCACGCAGCUGACCGUCCUCAGAACCAAGCUGCAGCACCUGCUCCAAGACCCAAACCUAAAGGAAAGAAGCCUGUAGUCGGUGGGAAGCCACCGCAGAAAGUCUUCGAAAUGCUGAUCAAGACCACUAGGUUUUCCAAAGCUGAGAUAGAAGCACUGUACACGAUGUACCGUCGGCUAGUAAUAGCUGCUCAAGCCGCGGCUCCAGCCUCGGCCAUUGGACAUCCACCUAAGAUAGACGGUAUAGACCAGAGUACCUUCCGCGAUGUGAUGCACAAUACCUUCGACUUGGUCACUGAAGAAGCCAUCCUGGAGCGUAUGUGGAUGACCUGGGAGAGAGGCGCCGCAGGAGGGGAGGGAUCCUUAAGAUUCGAGUCCUGGGUCAAAGGGCUCAGCGUGCUACUCAAAGGAAACAUGGAAGAACGAAUAGGAUACUGCUUCAAAGUCUACGAUUUGAAUAACGACGGGUUUAUAACGAGGGAAGAAAUGUUUUUGUUGUUAAGGAACUCACUAUUGAAACAGCCGGGUGAUGAGGACCCUGAUGAAGGAGUACGAGAGCUAGUGGAACUGGUACUCAAGAAACUAGACGUAGAUAAAGAUGGAACGGUUUCUUUGGAUGAUUACAGAGAAGCGGUAGAGCAGGAACCUCUUCUUCUAGAAGCAUUUGGACAAUGUCUGCCCACGAAGAGACACACGACUACAUUCCUCAAAACUUUAACUAAUAAGACGUAGAUAAUGUUUGUAGUAGUAAUAAGAUACUUUUUUGUUAGUCCGUAUAUACCUUACCUUAAUAAUCAUCUGUACAUAAACAGACAAAUAAUAACAAGGAUAACUACUACCUAUUAAUCAUAUUCUGUACAGGAUGUGGGAAUGUUCUAUUGUUAGUUGAUUUACUACAUAUAUAAUUAUUCAAGUUAAUAAACUUUUUCCAUCGCAAGGUAGACUUAGUGAAGUGUAGAAUACAGAAACUUUUAGUUAAAUAUUUAACAAACUACGAGUAACAACAUAAAUGUAAGAAGUAAAGUAAGAAAUUCUUUAAAUUUAAA